CCCUCAUUAAAAACUCCGGCCCCGCAGCACCGCCCACCCUUCAAUUUUCACCAUUAAAUCUCACAUCCCCCAAUCUAUCUAACAAAAGGGAUUCUCAAAAUCAUGAAGGAAUCAUUUUUCUGUAUCUGCUUCUUCUUAUUCAUCCUGAACGUUUGUGGUUUGGUGGCUUCAACUUCACUAUACGAGCAAUGCAGCAAAGAGUUUCAGAAGCUGAGCCCCUGCCUCCCCUUCGCCACCGCCAAGGCGGCGGAGCCGACCAAAGACUGCUGCGAUAUGGCGGCGAGUAUAAGGGAUAGCCACCCGGCAUGUUUAUGUUAUAUUAUACAGCAGAUUCAUAAUGGUAGCAAUCCUGAGAUAAAGAACUUGGGAGUCCAAGAAGCUCGUUUGCUUCAGUUGCCUUCUGCUUGUAAAUUAGCCAACUCUAGCGUCAGUGAAUGCCCAAAACUCCUAGGUCUACCUCCGAAUUCCCCAGGAGUUGCCAUCUUCACCAAUUCUUCCAAUGCAGCAGGCAGAGGGACAUCAUCACCAGCAACCUCGGAUUCUUCAAAUGGAUUCUGGCAUCAACCUCGAAUUGAAGGACCGAUGGCAAUUGCAAUGUCCAUCUUCCACUAUGCAUUCUCACUGGGGCUUUUGUUCUAUUAGGGAGAAUUUUUUUUUUUUAGGCACCUCUAUGUUUCUAAUCAUACUUGCUAGGGCCACAGAAAUAAUUAUUAUUAGUAGCUUCUUCUCUCUUUAUCUUUGGUCUAUUCGUGCCAAUGAAAUGGUGUGUUAUAUCAU